AUGACUGAUAAUGAUAAUACAAUAUUGGAAACAUGUAUUGGUGUUAUUAAUUCAAAGUUACCAUUUUCAUUAAUUAAUAUUAACAAUCUGAAUGAUAUAUCAAUUGACUUUAUUAAACAUCGAAUUGAAUCAUAUGAAUUAUUUUUAGUGGAAAUUCAAUCAUUAUUAUUAGACCACUCCAUUCUAGAUCAUCAAUUAUUAUGGUUACAAAGUUUAAUUACAUUGAAUAAAUUAUUAUCAGUUAUAAAACUAUGUUCAAAAGAUUUUUUAUUAGUUGUCAAUCAUGGUCCUGCUAUUAAUGAUAAAUUAUCACAAUUUAAAAAACGUGUAGUUGGUUUAAGUAUUGAAUUUUUAAAACAAGAUCAAAAAUUACUAAAGAAAUUUAUUAAAGAAUAUCAAGAAUUAUUUCAGGAAUUAUUAAAUGUUUUAAAAGCUGAAGAAUUGUCAACUACAGAAGAUUUUGAUGCUAAUAUAUUAAAUGUUAUUAAAAUAAUUUUAGAAUCAAAUUAUAAUGAAUAUUUUAUAACAAUUAUUAACUUUAACAAAACUAUCUACUAUUUAAAUCAAUCAUCAUUUUUAAUUUUAUUACCACCAAGUUACUUAUUUGCAUUCAUUACCAACGGCAAAAUAAGACUAAGUGAAUUCAUUGACUUUUAUAGAUUUACAAGCUUCAAUUUACUUUCUGUUGGUCAAUUUCAAGAAGCCAAAGCAUAUUUCAAGAUAUUACUCGAUAAUCCAACUAUAAAAUUAUCAUUUUAUAAUGAAGAAAAUUUAUUAAUUGAUAAUAAAAGAGAAGAUAAGUUGAUUAAUUUAGUUCAAAGACAAGAAAUUUCAUUAAUGUAUAUCCUUAAUUACUUAUUAUCAUCAACUUCAUAUCAAAAUAUUAUAAAUUCAUCCAACUUAUACCAAAAAGAAUUACAAUUUUUAAAUAAAUCAUUAUCAAAUUUAUUAACUAAAGAAAUUCAUCAAGCUGCUUCACAACCAGGUAGUCGUCAUUCAAGUGUACUUUCAUUUCAGUCAUUAACUACAAAUAAUUUAAAAUAUAAAACUCAUGAUUAUUUAAGUUCAAUUAUUUAUGAUGGAAGUUACAAAACUAAAUUACAUAAUAUUGUUGAAAUUACUGACGUAUUGAUAAAUUUUAAUUUACCAAUUUUUUUUGAUAAAUGUUUUACAAUUCAAAGUUCAACCAGUUAUUCAAAUUGUUUAAAACAAAUUGCCAAAUCAAUUAAUCAAUUAUCUUUACAGAAUUUAAAAUUUAAUCAAAAUUUACAAAUUAAAUCAAUAAAUGAUUUAGUAGAUUCACAAAUUAACAUCUUCAAAUUAUCUAAAUUAUUAAAUGAAUAA